AUGCUGAAGUGGAUUCAAGGCGGAAUAUCCGCAGUUACUGGUAUCGCAGAGCCGGAGUACGGUAGGGAGUUUAUACAUCCGCUCACCGAAAAAGUCGAGGGCAAACAACCAUUCCAUCAGACCACAAGAGAGGAUUUCAAUUGGCAAAGCCCCAGUCACACCAACGUUGAGACUGCUACUUUCUACUUUUCGGAUCUUAAGCAAGGCUAUACAGGGUUUGUGCAAGUGAUCCAUUCUAAUAUCGUUGGGCUGCACACCAAGGCUCAAUUGACGUUCAGAAUUUACAACGUGCAAACACCCGAACUCAACGUGUGGACCUCGACAAAGCUAGAAAACUUUCAGAUCGACGGCCCCAACUUCUAUGCCGAUGGGCUUUCUAUCGAAAUGGAUGCAGCGGGGUCUCAAGUCCAAUUCAAAUCAUCAGUCUCACCAGACACCACCAUCGAUUUAACUUUCGAUCGCGUUGUUCCUGGUGUCAAAGUUGGUGAAAACUCGACCACGUAUUACGGUGACAAUGUUGAACAGCCUUGGGGCACUAUGAGACAUAUUUUCUGGCCCAGGAACUUGUGUCAUGGUUCCUUAAAAUUUGAUGUGAGCAUUGGUACCGAGGCAGCUUCCUACAGAACCGUUUCCUUCUCAAAGGAUGUGCCAGUCUAUUCGAUGUUUGUCAUGGCUAUCCAAGGCAUGAAACCACAUCACGCUGCAAAGUCCUGGAAUUUCUUGAAUUUUCAAUCGGACACUCAUAGUGCAGUGCUCAUGGAAUUUACUACUCCAAGAUCAUACGGCAAUACCGAAAUAUCCGUCGGAAUAUUGUGUAGUAAAGACGAUGUCAUUGCAGUUACCAUAAAUAACAAAGUGACACAUCUGGACCCAAUAAUUGACUCCGUUGGUUGGUCAAUCCCACAAAGCCUUGUUAUCUCCUUCAAGGGUGUCAGUUCUAAAGUUGCUGAUGAUGAAGUGGCAACCGCUACGCCUAUUACAGCUUCUGUAGAGGGACCUCUUACCCAAUUGGUUGAGAGAGUGGAUGUCAUGAAAGAGAUUCCUAGCUUUGUUAAGAAUAUUGUUUCUGGAGUUGCCGGUACCAAGCCUUAUAUUUACCAGUACGCUAACGAUUUUAAGUUGAAGGUUGGUGAAGAAGCCCCUGUAAACGGUCUUGGAUGGUGCGAAAUCACAUUUAUCUCUGAGGCUGACGAAGUAACGGAGGAAUCAUACAGUGAAAACUAA